GCCUCCAACCUUCACUACAGUGUACUAGCUCUAGCUAGCAACCGGCAGCACUUGCUGUUGGCGCCCAUCAUCUCACAUCGCAGAAUACCGAACAGCACACGAGUUUCGACACCAAGAACUUCUACUAGCUAGCUAGCCAGCUAGUAUAUCGAGGCGGUGCCUUUCGACACAAGAGAGCAAACAAAGAGGAUGGUAAAAGACGACAUUGGUUAUCUGAUUGGAACUGGGGUUGCUCUGGGCUUCAUCCAUGUCCUCACAGGCCCAGAUCACCUAUCGGCAUUGGCAACUCUAAGCGCCAAUGUCGGCAACCACCUAGACGCGGCAUUGCUAGGCGUUCGAUGGGGUAUCGGGCACUCGUCAGGCCUUCUUCUGGUGGGGACUGUAUUGAUAAUACUCAGUCAAGCCGGUCAAGAUACCGUUGACAUGCCCGAUGCUGCUACCCACUUUUUCGAAUCCAUUGUCGGAGUUUUUAUGCUCUUGCUGGGAGUCUACGGGAUAAGGAAGGCUUGGUUGAAGCGCCCUGCAACUCACUAUGAUGCCAUUGACAAUCAACAUAGUCCGGGAAAAUUGAGAGUGAGUAACGGAGAAAAAGAACUGCGACAAGUUGGAAAUGAUGGGCUUUUUAAAAUUGAUUCCGAGGACGCGGAAGUGAAUAAUCACGGGGAAGGCUCAGCAGACGACGGCGACCCCCUUGGCGAUUCCGCAUCGUCGUUAGAAAUUCAGUUUGAUGGCGAUGAUGGUCCAGUGUGUAUACCACCUCCGGUAUUUCGACAGUUGGAAGGUCAGGGAGGCAGUGCGAUUAUGGCACUUUCCAGCGACGAUUCAGAAAUGGAAGAAGCCGUGGUUGUGGAACAGGCUUAUAUGGAUACAGUCUCACCAUCCAGAUGCCGACGGCUUAUCCACGAAGGAACAUCGAGAUUAUCAGCCAAAACUAUUGCGUUCCUAGCAGGCAUUGUCCAUGGGCUUGCUGGACCUGGUGGAGUCCUCGGUGUUAUCCCCGCUGUUCAGCUGCAAAACUGGAAAUUGGCUGCGGUUUAUCUGAGCUGCUUCUGCAUCAGCUCUACUCUUACUAUGGGCUGUUUUGCUACCGCCUACGGAGCUUGCAGCUCCAAAAUUGUCAGUCAUGGUUCGAGAGGAAGAGAGUUCCAGAUCGAGUGCAUGUCAGCGUCUCUCAGCAUCCUUGUGGGCAUCACCUGGUUGACUUUGCUAGCUUUGGGAAAGCUCGAAGAUGUUUUCCCUUAGCCAUCCUGAAGGAUCUGGGAGUCCAGCAUAUUCAUUCAGAGAUUCGGACAGACAUAAGAGACUUGGGGAAUUACUAUUCGCAGAGCCGGUACUGGCUGAGCAAGAAGGGAGCUACCUCCUUUCACCGCCAGCUUUCGUUGAUUCGAUACGUUUUAAUUAAAAUAUACAACUUUAGAGGAAUCUUUUCGGUUUCCGUUGUGAUCAUGAGAUCUCUACAGCGAUGCGGACUCUCCGAUCCUACUUGCCAGCACUAUUGCAACUGAACGA